AAAAUACAAAAAUUAGCCAGGUGUGGUGGCACACGCCUGUAGUGGUGGUGCAUGCCUGUAGUCCCAGCUACUCAAGAGGCUGAGGCAGGAGAAUCACUUGAACUGGGAGAUGGAGGUUGCAGUGAGCUGAGAUCGCACCAGUGCACUCCAGCCUGGGCAACAGAGUGAGACUCCAUCUUAUAAAAGGAAAAAAGAAGAAAAGAAAAAUUCCAUAUCUGAGUGUUUACUCCUGAGUUUUUGAGAUUGUUAUUAAGCUCGUGCUCUACUGUGAUGAUUUGGGUUUGUUUGAUAAUCAGAAAAAAGCAUAUUCUUUUGGGUGUUCAGCCACACUGCUUUGGUGUCACAACUGCACAUUGGUUUCACAGCUGCAGGACAAAUUCGAGCAUCUUAAAAUGAUUCAACAGGAGGAGAUAAGGAAGCUCGAGGAAGAGAAAAACAACUGGAAGGAGAAAUCAUAGAUUUUUAUAAAAUGAAAGCUGCCUCUGAAGCACUGCAGACUCAGCUGAGCACUGAUACAAAGAAAGACAAACAUCGACUUUUUACCUUAAUCCUUGCUGCAGUAUUUCCAAGUAACAGUGGAGAUAGAUUUACCCUUUCUAAACUAUUAGCUGUAAUUUUAAGCAUUGGAGGUGUUGUACUGGUAAACCUGUCAGGGUCUGAAAAAUCUGCUGGAAGAGAUACAAUAGGUUCCAUUUGGUCUCUUGCUGGAGCCAUGCUCUAUGCUGUCUAUAUUGUUAUGAUUAAGAGAAAAGUAGAUAGAGAAGACAAGUUGGAUAUUCCAAUGUUCUUUGGUUUUGUAGGUUUGUUUAAUCUGCUGCUCUUAUGGCCAGGUUUCUUUUUACUUCAUUAUACUGGAUUUGAGGACUUCGAGUUUCCCAAUAAAGUAGUAUUAAUGUGCAUUAUCAUUAAUGGCCUUAUUGGAACAGUACUCUCAGAGUUCCUGUGGUUGUGGGGCUGCUUUCUUACCUCAUCAUUGAUAGGCACACUUGCACUAAGCCUUACAAUACCUCUGUCCAUAAUAGCUGACAUGUGUAUGCAAAAGGUGCAGUUUUCUUGGUUAUUUUUUGCAGGAGCUAUCCCUGUAUUUUUUUCAUUUUUUAUUGUAACUCUCCUAUGCGAUUAUAAUAAUUGGGAUCCUGUGAUGGUGGGAAUCAGAAGAAUAUUUGCUUUUAUAUGCAGAAAACAUCGAAUUCAGAGAGUUCCAGAAGACAGCGAACAGUGUGAGAGUCUCAUCUCUAUGCACAGUGUUUCUCAGGAGGAUGGAGCUAUUUAGCUGUUUGUUGUCUGUAGCCCAGCUUGAUAAUGGAACUAUACAGCGAAGAGACAAUCUCUGGCAAGUUUUUGUAGAAAAAAUGUUUCAGUGCCUAGUCUGAAAAAUAACAGUUUCAGUUCUUUGAAACUCUAAAAUAUAUUUUUCUCAUACCUGUUUUCUUCAUUUUCAUAAUGAAGCACUUUGCUAUGUAGCUGUGUACAUAUCACUACAGUUAUAGGAAGUUUCAGUCUACAGUCCAUCCAAAGGACCAACCUGCCUUACACAUCUCAAGGAAUUCAGCUGUUGAAAUCAUUUGAACUAAUCAAGGAAUAAAUCCUAAUGUUCUGGGACUUCAUUUUCACAUGUUAAAUGCUGGAAUAUAUUAUGAAAAUGUUUUCAAGAAAUCACUUAAGUGUUCAUAGACCAGUAUUUCUGACAGGUAAAAUGCUAAAAUAAGCUACCUGUAAUAAGUGUGGAUUAUAUUUUUGGGUUUUGUAGAAUAUUGCAAAUUAACUACACAAAAAAUGUUUAAUUUAUGCAACAAGCAUGUUUGUGCAAAUUUCAUGGGACUUUAAAAAGAAUAAGUAUUUGAGAAAAUAUCUGGUUCACUUACACUACAUUUACUGUAUUAUUCUUUUAUAGCAUUAGGUGCCUUGUAUUUUAAAUCUGUGACAAACCGUGGCAAAUUUUUAAAGGGGAAGUAUUAUUAUAAAAUGAAGAAAUAUGUAUUUCUAAAGGCUAUAUUGCUGUAAACUUAAUUGAUAAAGCUCUGUUUAAUUUAGAGUUUUGAAGAAAUAGUCUCCCUUCAAUUAAGAAAUUUUCAUAAUGGAAUGAUUUAAAUUGAAGUGACAAAGAGUAUUAUUAAAAUACAAUGUUUAUACGUGUAUUUGUGUAUUGUAGAUGUAUCAAGUGAUUUCUAAUUUUUUUCACAUAUGAAUGUGCCAGAUUACUCUAGAACUAGAUGUCUCUUCUUUAAAUAAUUUUAGUUUUCCUGAAUAAAUUUGUAAUGGUUAAAGUACCAAGUAAGUAAGGCGAGAAGGGAUUCUGUUUUUAAAAUCACAUCAGAACUUUUCCUCUACUAAGAUUAUAAAUUAAAUGUAAAAUACUCCUAAUUGCAAUUCUUAAACUUAGGCCUUACAUGUACUUAUUAUGCAACUGCUCCUGGACUCUAUUCACCAUAGAUAUCAGUAAACGUAUGUCCCAGGAUUCACAGGCUUUUGAUUAAUCAAUAUUCUUUUCAAGUUUUCUGUGUGAAGAGUUUAGUUCUCUUCAAAAUUUCUUAACUAAUCUGAUUUUUAAGAAUUCUCUUUGCAGUGUUUAGCUUCCUAUUCACAUUCUUAAAAUUGCUUUGGUGUUACCAUGAGUCUAAAAUGAAGUUUAGCCUUCCUUUUGUUUCAUUCUGAGAACUUCUAUAUUAUAUUACCUUUAAAAAUUGUUUAUGAUAUUAAAUUUAAAAUACAAACAGCUCUGUCUCUUUUUUUUUUUUUUAAUCAUCCAGCCCAAAGUGGCAAAAACAGCUCUUUUCUCAUUUGGCACCACCAAUAAUGCAAGUUAAAAAUAAUGUUGAGUUUAUUAUACUUUUGACCUGUUUAGCUCAACAGGGUGAAGGCAUGUAAAGAAUGUGGACUUCUGAGGAAUUUUCUUUUAAAAAGAACAUAAUGAAGUAACAUUUUAAUUACUCAAGGACUACUUUUGGUUGAAGUUUAUAAUCUAGAUACCUCUACUUUUUGUUUUUGCUGUUCGACAGUUCACAAAGACCUUCAGCAAUUUACAGGGUAAAAUCGUUGAAGUAGUGGAGGUGAAACUGAAAUUUAAAAUUAUUCUGUAAAUACUAUAGGGAAAGAGGCUGAGCUUAGAAUCUUUUGGUUGUUCAUGUGUUCUGUGCUCUUAUCAUCACACAGGUCAUGUGUUGUUACUCAGGAUUCUGGAAGUACUAAGCCGUAGUUAACAGGCUGCAUAGACCUUCAGCCAAUCUUCUUUCAUUAUACUGCUGCUUUUCUGUUUCUUAAAAAACAAAAAUCAAUGAACAACUUCUUUAGAAGGAAGCAGCACUGUUCAAUUGGUUAACUGAAAGUAUGAAUCACUGCCGCUUUUCUUGCCCACCUCUUGGCUUUUUCUCACAGGUUUUAUUUAUCUGAAUGAUUGUUGCAUUUGAAUACUGUAGCCAUGGUGAGUGAGCAGUUGAAGACUUCCUUUCUGCACCUUCAUAGUUAAGGGUUCAUCUUCUCAAGAAAUAAAGUUGUGCUGGGUUGUUUCAAUUCUGUAGAUCACCUAGAAACUAGGUAACAAGGCCCUUGGAUCACAAUGAGCACAUUGCAGGUCUUUGGAAAUGCUGGGAAGGGGUUACAUUCAAGUAACUGCUGACGUCCUUCCUCUCUGUCAGACCCAUGUUGGCCUGUAAUUAUAUUUUUCUGAAUCUAAAAACAAAUAGAAAUUUCUGAUAUCUUUUCAGUCUCCUACUUUUCUUUCCAUUCAUCACUUAAAUCUCAUUAUUGUAUAACGUUUCAAAUUAUGACCUGGAUUGAAGGAAGUCUGUUUUGUCAGGGACUUUGUUAGGUGAACAUCAGAAUCUCAACUACAACAAAGCUGAAAAAUGAGGCAGCCUUAACAGUAAAUGCUUUUGGGCCGGGCGCGGUGGCUCACGCCUGUAGUCCCAGCACUUUGGGAGGCCGAGGCGGGCGGAUCACGAGGUCAGGAGAUCGAGACCAUCCUGUUUAACACAGUGAAACCCCGUCUCUACUAAAAAUACAAAGAAUUAGCUGGGCGAUGUGGCGGGCGCCUGUAGUCCCAGCUGCUCGGGAGGCUGAGGCGAGAGAAUGGCGUGAACCCAGGAGAUGGAGCUGGCAGUGAGCCGAGAUCAGGCCACAGCACUCCAGCCUGGGCGACAGCGAGACUCCGUCUAAAGAAAAAAAAAAAGUGAAUACUUUUGAAAUGAGUGCUUUUUGAAGCUUAGAAGAACCAUUAGGUUUAUGUAAUGCACCCAUACUUAUGCCUUUAAAUAAAUUUUAAUUUAAAAACAUUGAGAUAUUGGCUUCUGUCAACCAGACUUAAUUAAUUCUUUACAUUAAGGUGAUUUUCCCCCUGGCAGCUGACAAAUAAGUUCAUUGUUCUUGUAGAAGUGAGCUCACAAGGUUAAAUGUGAAUGUUCUCAAAGGUACACAGCCUUGUUUCAGAAGAAUUUUAGUGCCCACUGUAAAAUCAAUCAUGCAGAGCCAAUUUGGGGUAUGACUCCAAGGUAUGCAAGGUAUGACUCCUCUGGAAGCCAAGUUUUUUCAUAGGGCACUGUGGUAAUACCCAUAGCACUAAUCCUCAGUGUGCUGGUUGAAGAAAUAAAAUGUUUUUAAAGAAGGAUAAAGGAGGAAUUAAUUAGAAAAUGUUUUUUUACAUAUUAGCAAAUAAAUGAAAUGUCAUUUUCAUAUUAAGUAAUUAUAGUUAUGAUCUUGCUUCAUUUCUACCUACUCUCCUUUUGAAAUAUUCUUUAUUACUAAAUAAUAUUUUAGGAGGAGUUAACAGAAAUAAUUACCUGUAACAGCUGCAGAUAAACUUACAUAGCUAACAUUGUGUGCUGACUUUUUUAAAUGGUGAAGUGGCAUUAAUGAGAUGUUCAGUUUAUAGAAUUUGAAGUUUGAGUUCUAUUUUAGUAGUCUGCCGUGUCCCCUAAAUCCCAUUUAGAUAAAUUGAGGUUCAUUUUUCACAUAGACUUGCAAUUUUUAGACACCACUUUUUUUAUAGUAACAGCCUCAUUUGCCUGUACAAUAACUAAUAAUACAGUAUUUCAUAGGUACAUUGUAUGUGCACAGGAAAUUUUUCUUUAAAUCUUAAGAGCCUUUAAUAAACGAGAUAUUUUAAUAUUUUAAUGUUACUACAUUUAAAAAAUAGUGUUUUCCUACAAAAUUUUCUGUAUUCAGUAUACGUUAACUAUGAAAAUGUCAAACAAUGAAAUCAUUGAAAUAUAUUUAAGGAAAAAUUACCAACCAAAAGUAAUGAGUACCCUCUAUAUGCAUAUUUGCUGGAAUGUUCAUGUGAAAUGGUAACAUUUCCAAUAACAGCAUUUUGAAUCUGGGGUGACACAAACAUGAUUUUUAUUUUUGAGCUAGGGAUUUUGAUGGAGAAGCACCUAGAUGAAGACACCAUUUCAUUCAUGAUAUUUUAAAAUUAGAAAAGUAAAGCUUCUAAAUUGAAACUCUUAACAGGUCACUUCAUGAAAUUUUUAGUUUUAAAUUUAAUUUUACAUGAGAUAUCUUUCUGAAGAGCUACUUUUAUUAACUUUCACUUAGAUCGUUGUAUGCUAGGCAUUCAGUAUUUCCUACUUGAUUUUCCUAUGCCUAGUUGUGAUUACAGCAAGUAUUUAAUAAUAAAGUCAGUCAUGUGAGAGUAUCCAUUAAUUUCAGUGGGUCCUUGGAAGGCAGGCAGAAGAUUUCUGUCCAAGAGUCUUAUUUUUGACAUGAGAUGAAAUUCUUUUUUUUUUUUUUGAGAUUGGGUCUCACUGUGUCACCCAGGCUGGAGUGCAGUGGCAGGAUCUUGGCUCACUGCAACCUCCCAAGCUCAAGCCAUCCUCCCACCUCAGUCUCCUGAGUAGCUGGGACUACUGGCAUGUGCCCCCAUUCCUGAUUAGUUUUUUUGUAUUUUUGGUAGAGAUGGGGUCUUGCUAUAUUGCCUAAUUUUUGUGUUUUUAGUAGAGAUGGGGUUUCACCAUGUUGGCCAGGCUGCUCUUGAACUCCUGAGCUCAAGUAACCUGCCCGCCCUGGCCUCCCAAAGUGCUGGGAUUACAGGCAUGAGCCACCAUGCCUGGCUAAAACCAAUUCUUUAGAUUGUUUUUGCCACCAUUUGCUUACUUGGAAUAGCUUUCACAUUUAUUUUUCUUAUGAAGAAAUCCAGUGUCAGUCAGACCAUGUAACAUCAAAGCAAAAUUUCAUUGAAGCCUAUCCCUGUCUUAAUUAUUCUAAAAUAAAGUACAAUAAAGUGAAUUAUUUUGCCCUUUGUAGUAGCAUAGUGUUAAGUUAUAUAUAUAUUUUAAUAUGCAUACUCCUAAGUAAAGUUUCAGAGACCACAUGCUGGAGAGCAGUGGCUUUCAGACAGCAUCAGCAUCACCUGAAGACCUUGUUGAAUACACAUUAUUGGAAGAGAGGGGAGAACACAGGCUCAUGCCUGUAAUUCCAGUGCUUUGGGAGACUGAGGCAGGAGGAUCACGUGAGCCCAGGAGUUCAAGAUCAGGCUGGGCAAUACAGCAAGACCCCCGUCUCUACAAAAACAAAAACAAAAAACAAACAGGCAUGGUAGUGCAUACCUGUAGUCUGAGCUGCUUGGGAGUCUGAGGCAGGAGGAUCACUUGAACCCAGGAGUUCGAGGCUGCAGUGAGUUAUUAUUGGGCCACUGCAGUCCAGCCUGGGCAGCAAAGUGAGACCCUGUCUAUGAAAAAAACAAAACCAAAAACUUGAUUGCUGGGUGCCACCCUAGAGUUUCUGAUUCAGUAGGUCUGGCGGUGGGGAUGGUGGGCCUGGUAAUUUGCCUUUCUAACAAGCGUCCAGGUAAUGCCCCAGCUGCUGGUCGCAGGACCACACUUUGCAGAUUAUUACUCUGAGAAGAGCACUAACUCUGACGUUGGAUUCCUUCUGUUCCUCAUUAGUGAAUUUAUUUGGGGGAGAUUAUUCAAUCUGGUAGAUCUGCAUUUACUUAGCUGUGAAGUGGAGGUUAAUGCAACCUGCCUGAGACUGUGAGAAUGAGAAACUCUAAUUGAAAUACCAGGCCCAACGUGCCUGGAUGCUUGAAAAAUGCUGACUCCCAUGGUCAGUCCUUCCCUCACUCUUCUCAGCUAUAAAGUGAGGAGCGAAAUUCAGUAUCUUUUAAGAUUCCUCUCAGGUGUAAAAUGCUGUGAUUCUAAAAGUUUAAUUUUGUAGUUCCAGAGACAAUGCCAAACACCUGUGUGUACUUAGUGCUUUGUAAAGAGUGGUGAUAACAGCGACGCCACAUAGGCCGUAGUUUUGUAGUUCCAGAGACAAUGCCAAACACCUGUGUGUACUUAGUGCUUUGUAAAGAGUGGUAAUAACAGUGACGCCACAUAGGCCGUAAUUUUGUUUUUGCUUUUGUUAGGGUGUUCAGCAUCUUGACUCCUUAAAAGUUUUCAGUCAGAUUUAUAAAGCAGCAUUGAAGAAGUUGUAUUAUGUUUGAGUACAGUUGGAAUCCAUGGCAGUUUUAUGGACGCCGAAUAUGUCAGAUGAAUAGGCUAAUUUUCCUGAGUUGCUGGCCUUAUUAGUCCCUACUAUGUUGCCCCCUGGUUACCUAAUGCAUGUUCAAAAGGUAUAGUUUUCAUCACCUGCUUGAUCUUGAUUUUCAGACAGCACCAAAUCAGUUGCAAAACAAAUCCAAGCUAAAAUUGUGAGCGUAUGAUUAAUUUACUAUAGCAUGUAAUUAUGCAGUAUUUUAUUUUUUAUUUUUUAUUUUUUUGAGACAGAGUCUCGCUCCAUUGCCCAGGCUGAAGUGCAGUGGCAUGAUCUCGGCUCACUCUAAUCUCUGCCUCCUGUGUUCAAGUGAUUCUUCUGCCUCAGCCUCCCGAAUAGCUGGGAUUACAGACAUGCACCACCACGCCCAGCUAAUUUUUUGUAUUUAUAGUAGAGACGAGGUUUUACCGUGUUGGCCAGGUUGGUCUUGAACUCUUGACCUCAAGUGAUCUACAUGCCUCGGCCUCCCAAAGUGCUGGGAUUACGGGUGUGAGCCACUGCGCCCAGCUAUCCAGUAUUUUAUUUAAAAGUUGUCACUAGGGUGUUCACUAUUGUGAAUUUAUAAUCUUAAAAGUUGGGGAUGCUAAAAGUACCAGACUAAAAUACUAUGAGGUUUUCUCAUCUUUUAAUUCCAUUUUGUUAGAAAAAAUAAUCACAACCAGGGUUCUUUUACCUUUCCCCAGCCAUCUAGACUGCUUUACUGCAAUGUUGGGAAGAUUGCAUACAAUAAAAACUGUAGCUAGUUGAUUGGGAUUUGGGAAAAUUGAAUCAAGCAUUUGCAUUCAUCCAGAAUGGUCUUAAACUGCUGACUGUGGGGUGCCCACAGGAUGAGCACUGGUGGCAUGGGUGGGAGGAAUUUCCUUGGAUACUGCAAUUGCAUUUGAAAGAUCUAUUUUCCAAAACCCGAGCAGAGAGAGGCUAGGAGGAAUGCAGACAGGACAUUGAAAAUGCGAAUUCCCUUUACUAGUAGAACAUGAAAUAUCUGAUAAUGGUUUAAAAAAAAUAAGUGUCAGGAUACAUUGUAGUAUAAAGGUUCAACUAGUAUAAUUUAAAAUGAGUCUUUAUAUUCAGGCCAGGUGUGGUGGCUCACACCUGUAAUCCCAGCACUUUGGGAGUCCGAGGCGGGUGGAUCACCUGAGAUUAGGAGUUCAAAACCAGUGUGACCAACAUGGAGAAACCCCUUCUCUACUAAAAAUACAAAAAAUUAGCCAGGCAUGGUGGUGCACGCCUGUAGUCCCAGCUACUUGUGAGGCUAAGGUAGGAGAAUCGCUUGAACCCAAGAGGCAGAGGUUGCAGUGAGCUGAGAUCACACCACUGCACUCCAGCCUGGGUGACAGAGCGAGACCCUGUUUCAAAAAAAUAAGAAAUAAAAAGUGAGUCUUCAUAUUCAAAUUAGUAUAUGAGGUUAGGCAACAAUUCUUUAUGGGACCAGGUAUAUUUAAUUUGCCUUUCUUUGCAGUCAUCCUAGUAAAUCCUUGUAAAGGGUUAUUUUAUAUACAAUUUUGUAGUAUAUUCUAAAUCCCCUUUGGCAAAUAAAGCUGAAGUUAUCUAGUGUCAGCAUACUGUGAUUUGUAUAUUUAUAUAAGACAAGAUUGCAUCAUUCUGAUUAAGUUGCAGCAUUUUAGUUUUAUCUGAUAGGCCUGUAUUGAGUAAUCAGUAGCUAUGUGCAAAUAUUAAGUCAACUUAAUUACCAGACCCAGAAGUCCAGAGGUAAUCAAAGAGUACUUUCGGAAGAUGAAAUAUUUAUAAUGAGUUAUGGAAACAAUGUUUUAGAAAUGUUUUUCUUGGUGUAAUUUAAUGCAGAUUUUUACCUCAAUUUUGUUAAAAAACUUGAUAAUUUGAUCCCUCCAUCUAUUUAAUAUUUAAUAUUUUCAGAUUCUAGAGUAUUUAAAAUUUAAACACAAUUAUAAAAUUAAUUAUAAUUCCUACUUAUGUUAGCUAUGAUUUAGGGCCCAAACUACCCUGGUUUUGUCUGCAACUUGAAACAUUGUGUAUUUUAAAGUAUAUAAUUUGGGAACAUUAUUUUAUAGACUGUGGAUAACCAAAUAUAAGAUUUGUGAUUUUUAAUGCUU